UGAAAGCUUUUAAAUUAUAGUGUUUGAUGUUAUCUUCACAUUAAACAAAUAGAUACAAGGUUAGAUGCUAUGUUCACACUACGCAACAUGAUACCAACUUGAUGUUAUCGUUUUCCACUCGCAAUGCAAAAUGACACAAACUACUUCACACAUCGUACAGUUAAUCACAGGUCCACAUCGUACAGUUAAUCACAGGUCCACAUAAUCUGACAGUAUAUAUACAGUCUGGUAUGGGAUUUAGAGACUCUUCUUCUUUGAUACUUUCGUUCGAUCUAUAACUUUAAAGGUAUGACUUGUUUUUCAAACGUUCUUUCUGGUUUAUCCAUAAAAAAACAUAUGUAGUUCUGCUCUGUCCUGCUACUUUCAGUUAGUGUCUAGAGAAUAUGGAAGGAGGUCGUUGAAUAUUUUGAGGAUUGUGUCGUGUCUGUUUCUUUGAAUCUCAGAUUAUAUAUCUGCAGGAGUUUUAAAGAGAGACCAACAUGGAAGAUCGUUGCUUGAUCAAGAACGAUGUGACUGAAUUGAUUGGUAACACACCAAUGGUGUAUCUGAACAAAAUAGCUGAUGGUUGCGUGGCCCGUAUAGCAGCCAAGCUUGAGAUGAUGGAGCCUUGCUCUAGCAUUAAAGACAGAAUCGCUUAUAGUAUGAUCAAAGAUGCAGAAGACAAAGGAUUGAUUACUCCUGGAGAGAGUACAUUGAUUGAGCCAACAGCUGGUAACACCGGUAUCGGUUUAGCCUGCAUUGGUGCUGCAAGAGGCUAUAAAGUGAUUAUUCUGAUGUCCUCAUCUAUGAGCUUAGAGAGGAGAAUCAUCCUAAGAGCAUUAGGUGCAGAGCUUCAUCUCACUGAUAGGAGCAUAGGCUUUAAAGGAAUGCUGGAGAAAACUGAAGAGAUGUUAAGCAAAACUCCUGGUGGUUUUGUUCCACAACAGUUUGAAAAUCCUUCAAACCCUGAGAUUCAUUACCGAACCACUGGUCCGGAGAUAUGGAGAGAUUCAGCAGGGACAAUAGAUAUAUUGGUCGCUGGUGUUGGAACUGGUGGAACGGUUACUGGAGUAGGGAAGUUUCUCAAGGAGAUGAAUCAAAACAUUAAGGUUUGUGCGGUGGAACCUACAGAGAGUCCGGUACUCAGUGGAGGAGAACCAGGUCCACAUUUGAUCCAGGGGAUUGGUGCUGGUAUCAUCCCAACCAAUUUGGAUUUAACAAUUGUUGAUGAAAUCAUGCAGAGGUUUUAUGUACUUCUUGAAUUGUGAAACAAUGUUUCUGAGACAUGCAGUUUUUUUUUUUUUUUGAUUCAGGUGACAGGUGAGGAAGCCAUUGAAACAGCCAAGCUUCUUGCUCUCAAAGAAGGAUUGUUGGUGGGUAUAUCUUCUGGAGCUACAGCAGCUGCUGCAUUAAAGGUUGCAAAGCGUCCAGAGAACGCAGGGAAACUCAUUGUGGUGAUUUUUGCCAGUGGAGGAGAACGUUAUUUAUCGACUAAACUGUUUGAUUCUGUCAGAUAUGAAGCAGAGAAUUUGCCGAUUGAAUGAGAGAACGUAAAGCAUAUUUACUAUAUGAUUAAAUAAUAAGGCAACCUUGCGAUUUUGUUUAUAAAUAAAACAACCAAAACUGUUAAGCA